GUCCGUCCUUCACUUGUCAAAAUACAGAAACGAGGCAAAAAGAAAGGAAAGAAAAAGAAAUCACACUUUCCUAAAAACGAAAACCAAGAAAUCUCUCUCUGCUUCUCCUCCCCGACAACUAUGGCGGCAACUUCACACUCUCUCCUCCUCCAAAACUCGACCGGUCAACACCUCCACAAAACCAGACCGGCCUCGUUAAACCAACUCACUAGACCUAACACGGUGAGUCUCUCCGGCUACAACAACAAACCCAUGCCGAUCAGAUGCGCUGCAACCACCCAAAUCCAAGAUCCACCGCAAAGGAAUGCGCAAUCCGUAGAUCGGGUCUUCAACUUCGCCGCCGGGCCCGCCACCUUGCCCGAGAACGUUCUCCUUAAGGCCCAGUCCGAGCUGUACAACUGGCGUGGAUCCGGGAUGAGCGUAAUGGAAAUGAGCCAUCGAGGUAAGGAAUUUUUAUCUAUUAUCCAGAAAGCCGAAUCGGAUCUCCGUGCGCUUUUGGAAAUUCCGGUGGAAUACUCUGUUUUAUUUCUCCAGGGCGGCGCCACCACGCAGUUCGCGGGUAUUCCGCUGAAUCUCUGCAGACCCGAUGAGCCGGUUGAUUAUCUGGUUACCGGGUCAUGGGGCGAUAAGGCCUUUAAGGAGGCACAGAAGUUUUGUAAACCUAAGGUGAUCUGGUCGGGUAAAUCGGAAAAGUAUACCAAAAUUCCAUACUUCGAUGGAUUGGAGCAGAGCCCAGAUGCGAAAUACCUGCACAUUUGCGCUAAUGAAACCAUUCACGGCGUGGAAUUCAAGGAUUACCCAAAACCCAGGAAUGCUAAUGGAAUUUUGGUGGCUGAUAUGUCCUCUAAUUUCUGUUCAAAGCCCGUGGACGUGACUAAAUUCGGAGUGAUAUACGCCGGGGCACAGAAGAACGUUGGUCCAUCUGGGGUCACCAUCGUCAUUAUUAGGAAGGAUCUGAUUGGAAAUGCUCAGGAAAUCACACCCGUGAUGCUCGAUUACAAGAUCCACGACGACAACAACUCGCUGUACAACACGCCUCCCUGUUACGGCAUUUACAUGUGUGGUUUGGUGUUCGAUGAUCUGUUGGCGCAGGGCGGAUUGAAGGAGGUGGAGAAGAAGAACAAGAAGAAAGCGGAAUUACUGUUCGACGCCAUUGAUGAGAGCAAGGGAUUCUACAGGUGCCCAGUUGAGAAAUCCGUGAGGUCAUUGAUGAAUGUACCGUUUACUCUGGAGAAGUCAGAUUUAGAAGCAGAGUUCGUGAAAGAAGCUACGAAGGAGAAGAUGGUGCAGCUGAAGGGUCAUAGGUCUGUUGGAGGAAUGCGAGCUUCUAUAUACAAUGCUAUGCCAUUGGCUGGCGUUGAGAAGCUGGUUGCUUUCAUGAAGGAUUUCCAGGCAAGGCAUGGUUAGAUUCAUUGAGGCGAUUGAGAAAGGAAGGAAAACCUAUGUAACAUUUUGUUGGGUAUUUGGAGUUGGGUCAUGGAUGAUCUUCUUUUUGUUUAUGUUCUGUGAUUUUUACUUACCAUAUAAAUUUGAUUGAACUUGUUCUGGUAUUGAAGUAAUGAUUUAAGUGGCCGCCA